AACACGUACACAAACCACAAACCCGCAUCGUCUCCUCCUCCUCCACUUGUUGUUCAAUUCCCCCCCCCCCUCUCUCUCUCUCUCUCUCUCCGUCGCAGAUCUCGGCAAGGGGGCAACAAGGUAGGAGGCGGCGAUGGGUUCGGCGAGCCGCGCGGUGUCGUGCCUGUGCUGCCCGUGCAAGUGCCUGGCGUGCGGCCUCUUCAGCUGCCUCUGCAGCAUCCUCAUCUCCCUCCUCGUCACCCUCGGCGUCCUCGCCCUCAUCUUCUACCUCAUCUUCCGCCCCCACAUGAUCGCCGCCACCGUCGACUCCGCCGCCCUCACCCAGUUCACCCUCUCCACCAACUCCGCCCUCGCCUACAGCCUCACCGUCGACCUCACCGUCCGCAACCCCAACAAGCGCGUCGGCCUCUACUACGACAACGUCGAGUCCCUCGCCCUCUUCGACGGCCAGCGCUUCGGCUACGCCCCCCUCGACUCCUUCUACCAGUCCACCGAGGCAUCCACCAAGCUCUCCCCCGCCUUCAAGGGCCAGCAGCCGCUCCAAGGCGACAUCACCGCCGCCAACUUCAGGUCGCAGCAGACCGCCGGCAAGUUCGACAUCGAGGUCAAGCUCAACGCCAAGCUCAGGGUCAAGGUCUGGGCCUUCAAGGUUCCCGGACCCAAGGCCAAGAUCAGCUGCCCCAUCACCGUCCCAGCGUCCGCCCCCAACGCCCCCGCAUUCCAGCGCACCGACUGCAAAGUCUGGUUCUGAUUUCGAUGGUUGGUUCCGCUUCGCAUUUGGGGAUUACUAUUAGCCAGCACUGCUUCCAGUAUGGACGGAUGGAUUCUUUUGUUUCUUUCGAUUUGUUGAUGAGGGAUUAGCUCGCCGGAUGUUGCUGUACAUCGCUGUGGUUUAGGUGGUUACAUAUCUUCUAGCCCUUGUAGCUAGCGCUUGUCAUGCACAUAUUAUCGAUCCAUGUCUUGUUCUUCUUAGUUUUUUCCCCUUUCUUUUGGGUACGGCUUACUUACUGCUGUUCAGAUCAUAUAUGACUGUAUGUUGGUUGAUACAUUCAGAGAUUUUAUUCAGGAUCACCUAUUACUUCUAUGAGUGACA